AUGCCCGUGAAGCGGUACAAGAAGAUCCUUGCUGAAAUAUUCCCCAAAACACAGGAUGAAGAGCCUAACGAGAGAAGGAUUGGGAAGUUGUGCGAGUACGCUUCGAAAAACCCUCUUCGAGUGCCAAAGAUCACAGUUUACUUGGAGCAACAUAUUUACCGGGACUUAAGAAGUGAGCAGUACGGCUUUGCAAAAGUGGUGAUGUUGAUAUAUCGCAGACUGUCUGUUUCCUGUAGAGAACAGAUGCCUCUGUUUGCAAGUAGCCUAUUAAGCAUUGUACACACUCUUUUAGACCAAAAGAGGCAGGACGAUUUGCGCAUCGUUGGGUGUGAAACCUUGUUUGAUUUUGCUGUCAAUCAGGUGGAUGGUACAUAUCAGUUCAAUUUGGAAGGGCUGGUCCCAAGACUGUGUGAAAUAGCCCAAGAAGUAGGAGAAGAUGAGAGGGCAACUGCCCUACGAGCUGCAGCCCUGCAAUCUCUUUCAGCUAUGGUAUGGUUUAUGGGGGAGCUUUCUCAUAUCUCGUCAGAGUUUGACAAUGUUGUUCAAGUUGUACUGGAAAACUACAAACCUCAGAAGAUGCAAAAUGAUGAUCAAAGUACCAAUGAUGCUGACAACCAGUUGGUGCAGGAAGGCCAGAAUGCUGAGCACCCCCCUUCCCCUUUCAUUAUCACUCAGGCUCCCUCUUGGGAGAACAUAGUUAAUGUCAAGGGAGGAGUCAACCUGCCAGUGACUGAUGCUGGGCCAGUUCUUGACAUGAUGGCAGUUAUGCUAGAAAACAUUGCGAGCACUCCUGUUGUAGCUAGAUCAACUGCAGCUGCUGUUUAUCGCACAGCUCAAAUAAUUGCUUCCGUGCCAAAUUUGCAAUAUCAGAAUAAGGUGUUUCCUGAAGCUCUGUUUCAUCAGUUGCUGUUAACAAUGAUCCACCCCGAUCAUGAAGCUCGUGUUGCUGCACACCGCAUAUUUGCUAUUGUCUUAGUCCCAUCUUCUGUUUCCCCUUCGAUUCAAGCCAGUCCCUCUGGCCAGGCAAAGAAACAUGACAUGCAGAGGACACUCUCUAGGGCUGUCUCUGUAUUUUCUUCUUCGGCUGCUAUCUUUGACAAGAUGAAAAAGGACAAGUACUCAGAAAAUUCACAAGGAGAAAGCAAGGACAAUAGUUUGCAUAGCGUUGGUGAAGGGACCGGACAAUCGAAGAGUCAAAACCUUCACGUGUCUCAAAGCCGCCGCCGUAGCAUGAAAGUUCCUAAUUUUUCCAUGAAAAGAGGUCCUUCCAUAGCCAUGAGAGCUCCUUCAGUAGCGAUCAGAGCUCCCUCAAUAUCUCUGAGAGGUCCUUCAAUAGCUUCGAGAGCACCUUCUAUGUCUGUAAAGGAAGACCAAAGUUCCUCAAACAAGUCAGAUGAGGAAACGGAAUCAGUGUUGGUGAAACUGAGUACCCGUCAGAUCACACUUUUGCUGUCAUCCAUCUGGGCUCAAGCAACAUCCCCUGAAAAUACUCCUGCGAACUAUGAAGCCAUUGCUCAUACUUACAGUUUGCUUCUGUUGUUCUCUGGAUCCAAGGCAUCAACAUUUGAGGCUCUUACUCAGAGUUUUCAGGUUGCAUUUUCUUUGAGGAGCUAUUCGCUCACUGAAGCAGAUUCAUUACAACCGUGUCGGCGCCGGUCAUUGUUUACUCUGUCCACAGCCAUGAUUAUUUUCUCAUCAAGAGCUUACAAUGUGUUGCCACUCAUCCCGAUCUGUAAACAAAUGAUCAAUGAUCGUGCGGCCGAUCCGUUCCUUCAUUUGGUGGAUGAGAGCAGACUUACAGCUGUCAAGGAUUCUUCAGAUGAUCCUUCAAAAAUAUAUGGAUCACCAGAGGACAACAGUAAUGCACUGAAGUCCCUUUCAGAAAUAGAACUAUCAGAAAGUCAAUCUCGAGAAUGCAUAGUCUCCACAAUCAUGAACAACAUUGCAAAUAUGCUGGAUGCGGAAUUGCAUAAUGUGAGAAGCCAAUUGCUAAGUGAUUUCACUCCCGAUGACAUGUGUCCUACAAGCACUCAGUUCUUUGAAGUGCAUGUUGAUAAUUCUUCAUCAGGGUCUCAUGAGACUGGUCACCAUCAAGAGGGUUUGCUGAUUGACCUGGGGAAUGACCAUGAUGCUUUUGGGGAAGCUUCAGAAAGCACAGAAGCUUCCGCAUCUUCUGUACCUGCAUCAGAUCUUCUGAGUAUCGAUCAGCUUCUUGAAACGGUUGGUGCAGAACCAGCACCUCAGGCUGGAGUAGUGUCAGCAGACAUUGGAUUCAAGGAUAUGACUAGCCACUGCGAAGCCCUGACGAUCGGGAAACAGCAGAAAAUGUCCGCCUUCAUGAGCUUCCAGCAAAGCGUACAAGCGGCAGGGCUGCCAAGCAGCCAGCCCAACCAGAUGGAGUUGGACCUUUUCCAAGACCCGCAGUUGCCUCAGGCCGGGGCGCAUAGCACGAACCCAUUCGCUGAUGACAGCCUUCAGGGAUAUCCACAGUACAUGAACGGGCCUAAUGGCGACAACGCACAGCCAGGUCAGGACUUCCAACAACAGUCUCUGAAGCUACCGGCGGCGAGCCCAUACGACAAUUUCCUCAGGGCUGCUGGCUGUUAG